UGAUUGGAUAUUAUUCUACCAUUAACUCACUUCUUGCAUUUGCUGCCUGAUAUGAGGGCAUCCAUCUUGGAAAAAAAAACAUUUUACAGCCGCCCGUCGAAGGUCUGCACGAACUGAGACCGUCAAGUUUGUUUUUCAAGCUUUCUGUGUUAUUGAGAUUAUUCCAAAAUGUCUUGGGCUGCAUAUGUCACAAAUCUUGAAGGAGGCAAAGGUAGAUGCAAAUAUGCUGGCAUUUGGGGCAAGCAAGGUGGUGUGUGGGCAGAGUCUCCAGAUAAGUCUCAGUUUCCAAUCUCUGCAGAGGAUGUCGCUGUAGCUACACGGGCCGUAGUUAACCAAGAUCAAAAUGUUAUGGGAACAGGUUUAACAAUUGCAAAGAACAAAUUUACCUGCUUGCGUAUGGAACCAGAAAUUUUGAUUUGUCAAGGCAAAGGGGACAACAAAGAUCAUAGUCUAGUUAUAGCAGUUUCAACCCAAGCUGUCAUUAUUGGAUUUAACCCAGACCCAGAUGUGAAGACAGCUCAAGUACGUGAAGGAGUAGAAGGAGUCAAAGAUUACUUAAAAUCUGUUGGCUAUUAAUCUAUGCCUUUGUUUUAAUCAUUCAUUGCUAGCUGAUGUUUUACAAAUUGAAAAAAAAAAAAAAUACAAACUCUAGUAUUGUUCAGGUCAUUUCACUUAGGGAUAAUUCAGUUGCAUUCUAUUCAUGUCUUUUAUUAUACAUUGGGGUUAACUUGGUAAUUCUUUAUCAUGUUUUUUUUUUUUUUUUUCUGUGUGUAUAGAAUGGAUUGAUAUUUUUUUUCCCAUGUAAGCAGAUGUCUGCUUGAGAAGUUUUUGGGUUUUUUUUCGUAGAAGCCAUUAGUUAAUGAUGUAUGAACAAGAUGUUAAACCUUGCAUAGCAAUUCUGUUUGUUACACACUUUCUCUCCUCACUCUUUCAUAUCUAAAUUAUUGUAUUCUUUUCUGACAUGGCUUAUUAGUAUUAUGGUGACUUCCUUAAUGUCUGGGUACGAACUUCUUAUUUGGAAAAUCUGUUUGUAAAGCUCUUUGAUUGGGGGGGGAAAUACAAGCCUUACAAAGGAAUUGGGGGCAAACGGAAUCUGUGCCCCCCCCCCCCCCCCAGCACACACCCAAUGCAAUCCAAAACAAAUUGACAAUACAAUACAACUUGUCUUUCCAAACAGAAACAGUUGCUAAGAUUUUAAUGCUAGCUUUUAAGAAUGCUUCUGUGUGUGUCAACCUAGGGUCAUGGGUAAUGAAUGUAUGCCUGAUUACAGAAUUCACUCUCACACACACACACAAACACACUUGUUAUGGUUCAUUUGUGUUUUUUUUCCUUCCACUUAGGAAAAUCUUUCCAGAAUAAGAAAUUAAUCUUUUUGUCUUUUUAUAAUUUUAUAAAAAUGUCUAUUUUUUGCUAUCCCCACCAUAAGGUCAUCACUAUUUAUUUAGUCAUUUUUCCGUUCCCAGAUUUUUUUUUUUGUCCUUGUGUCUAGAAACAAUUUAGUCUUGUGAUAAUUUAGAAGUUUUGGUUUUUGUUUAAUUUAUCCUUGGCUACCAGGAAAGAUGUUCAGUGCCUCCAUCUCUCUAUUUUGUGUUUGUUUUUUGUUUGUCUAGCCACUCCUAUGCAUGUAGUGAGGAAGUUAAUUGUGAACUUUGCUGGCUUUGUUCAAAUUGUGUCCAAUGCUUUGUUCAAUAUUUGCUCAUGUAUUUGAUAACAUUUCAAUAAUCUAUAUAAUACACUGUAAACUUGAUUAGCUUACAAUAAGUUUUUUUUUCAACACAUUAAAAAUACUUUCUAAUAGAAA